AUGCGACAAGAACUCAAAUAUAUGAUCUAUUCGCAUCUCGCAAUCGUCGUCGUCCUCCUAUAUCUCACGUUCGACCUCCUCACACUAGCCAUAGACGACGCCUUCCAAGACGCACUCCUCGACGUGGACCUCAACCCGCCCCCAACGGCCGCAGACUCAAAACCACAACUCAUCCCGAAAAUCAUCCACCAGACCUACAAAACCGCAGACGUCCCGCAGCACUGGCGCGAGGGCCAGCAGCGCUGCAUUGACCUGCAUCCGGACUACGACUACAAGCUCUGGACCGACGAAACCGCCCGCCAGUUCAUCAAAGAGGAGUACGGCUGGUUCCUCGACACCUACGACGGCUACCGCUACCCGAUCGAGCGUGCCGACGCCCUGCGCUACUUCCUGCUCGCCCAUUUCGGCGGCGUGUACAUCGACCUCGACGACGGCUGCAGACGCAAGCUCGACCCGCUGCUCACCGUCCCGGCCUUUGCCCGCAAAACCAGCCCCACCGGCAUCUCCAACGACGUCAUGGGCUCUGUGCCCAGACAUCCAUUCUUCCUCAAAGUUAUCGCUUCGCUAAAGAAAUACGACCGCAACUGGCUCGUCCCUUACAUCACCAUCAUGUUUUCCACAGGCCCGCUUUUCGUAUCUGUCAUUUGGAAACAGUACAAAAGAUGGGGCGUCCCACCCAACGGCGUCGUGCGCAUCCUACAACCUGCAGACUACAAAAAACACACCUACUCUUUCUUCUCCAUUUCUCAAGGUUCCUCCUGGCAUCUUGACGAUGCCAAUUUUAUCAAAUCCCUUGCACAUCAUAUUUUGGCAUGUGUGAUCUUGGGUUUCAUCGUGGCUUUCCUAGUGCUUUACGCUGAGUACUGCUUCUACUGCUGGCUCGGAUCUGGCGGUGGUGCGCGUCGUAUUGUCAAAACCUGCAAAAAGGGUUUGGCUUGGUUGGGUAUCUUGUCCGAAAACACCAAACCCGCAGACUCCAUCGAAAUGAGAUCCAAAUACAGACGCUUGCGCAAGGACUCCAAUCUCCCCGUGCAACUGAUUUUCCCAGAUCUCGAGGAAAACAACAGCUCUGAUCAGUAUGCCGAUUUGAGCGACGAUUAA